CUUCCAAUACGAUCAAAAUCACCCUAUUUUUUUUUACUACAUAUAAUCUCUAUCCGAUCAAAUUCACCCUCUAAAAAUGGAGAACAUGUUUAGGCUCAUGGGAAGUGAAGAUUUCUCAGACAGAAGACGGUGCAUUUGGGUUAACGGUCCGGUAAUCGUCGGAGCCGGGCCAUCGGGGCUAGCCACGGCGGCUUGUCUCCGCGAGCAAGAUGUUCCAUUUGUUGUAUUGGAGAGAGCAGAUUGCAUAGCUUCACUAUGGCAGAAACGUACUUACGACAGAAUCAAACUUCACUUACCAAAGAAAGUUUGUCAAUUACCCAAAAUGCCAUUCCCGGAAGACUACCCUGAAUAUCCAACAAAACGACAGUUCAUUGAUUACCUUGAGUCCUACGCAAACAAAUUCGAAAUCACCCCUCAGUUCAACGAGUGUGUUCAGUCCGCUCGGUACGACGAGACCAGUGGUCUAUGGCGCAUUAAGACAUCAUCCUCGUCAUCCUCGGGGUCGGAGAUGGAAUACAUCUGUCGGUGGCUAGUGGUGGCGACGGGAGAAAACGCUGAGAAAGUUGUUCCGGAGAUCGAGGGUCUCACGACGAAGUUCGACGGCGAGGUGAUCCACUCGUGUGAGUACAAAACCGGCGAGAAAUACAGAGGGAAGAGCGUUCUUGUCGUAGGAUGUGGAAACUCAGGCAUGGAAGUCUCUCUUGAUCUCGCGAAUCACAAUGCUAACGCUUCCAUGGUUGUUCGUAGCUCGGUUCAUGUGUUACCAAGAGAGGUUCUUGGCAAAUCAAGUUUCGAAAUCUCGAUGAUGUUGAUGAAGUGGUUUCCUCUAUGGCUAGUAGACAAGAUUCUACUCCUCCUCGCAUGGCUUAUUUUGGGAAACUUGACAAAGUAUGGGCUUAAGAGACCCAAUAUGGGCCCAAUGGAGCUUAAGGUUGUCACAGGGAAGACUCCAGUUCUUGAUAUCGGAGCUAUGGAGAAAAUCAAAUCCGGAGAAGUAGAGAUCGUUCCCGGAAUUAGAAGGUUUACACGUAGCCAUGUCGAGCUAGUAGAUGGUCAGAGACUAGAUCUUGACGCGGUGGUUCUCGCCACUGGUUACCGUAGCAACGUGCCAUCAUGGCUCCAAGAAAACGAUCUGUUUUCGAAAAACGGGUUCCCGAAAUCGCCGUUUCCAAACGCAUGGAAAGGUAAAUCGGGACUUUACGCGGCCGGAUUCACGAGGAAAGGAUUGGCCGGAGCAUCAGCAGACGCUGUUAACAUAGCCCAAGACAUUGGAAACGUGUGGAGAGAAGAAACCAAACGACAGAGAAUGAGAACAAGGGUUGGUCACCGAAGAUGCAUCUCAGUUGCUUAGGCCUCAAGUUAGGGCUUGCCCUUAUACCAUCACUGAGAAGAAGAAAAAACAAAAACAGAGUGUUCAUUUAUUAUUUCUUUUUUUUUUUUUAUACAUAUAGAGAUACAGAUACAAGAGAGCCCUCUCCUGAAGAC